AGAACUGGGUGCGGGGUGUGGAGAGAGAACUCCGGAGGAACGCCUGAGCUGAGCAGCACCGAGGACAGCUCCCGACAGCGUCCGCGCCCUAGGCUGCCUCGCCGCCCAGAGUCUUUCAGCCAGACACACACACACUGAGGCUCUUGUUCACCCCACACACACUCAGAGACACACUCCGCUGUACAAUGGCAGAAUCCCACCUGCAGUCAUCCCUGAUCACAGCCUCACAGUUCUUCGAGAUCUGGCUUCAUUUCGACGCUGAUGGAAGUGGCUACCUGGAAGGAAAGGAACUGCAGAACUUGAUUCAGGAGCUCCAGCAGGCGCGGAAGAAGGCUGGAUUGGAGUUAUCACCUGAGAUGAAAACUUUUGUGGAUCACUAUGGGCAGAGAGACGAUGGGAAAAUAGGAAUCGUAGAGUUGGCUCAUGUACUACCCACAGAAGAGAACUUCCUGCUGCUCUUCCGAUGCCAGCAACUAAAGUCCUGUGAGGAAUUCAUGAAGACAUGGAGAAAAUAUGAUACUGAUCACAGUGGCUUUAUAGAAACUGAGGAGCUUAAGAACUUUCUAAAGGACCUGCUGGAAAAAGCAAACAAGACUGUUGAUGAUACAAAACUAGCUGAGUAUACAGACCUAAUGCUGAAAUUAUUUGACUCAAAUAAUGAUGGGAAGCUGGAAUUAACUGAGAUGGCACGGUUACUACCAGUGCAGGAGAAUUUUCUUCUUAAAUUUCAGGGAGUCAAAAUGUGUGGGAAAGAGUUCAAUAAAGCUUUUGAGUUAUAUGAUCAGGAUGGCAAUGGAUAUAUAGAUGAAAAUGAACUAGAUGCUCUACUGAAGGAUCUGUGUGAGAAGAAUAAACAGGAUCUGGAUAUUAAUAAUAUUCCAAUAUACAAGAAAAGCAUAAUGGCUUUAUCAGAUGGAGGAAAGCUGUACCGAACAGACCUUGCUCUUAUUCUCUGUGCUGAAGACAACUAGAGUUGGUGACCAUGACCACUUACUAGCGAUACAUUUUAUCUAAAAAAUAACUGUGCACUAUAAGGGAGUAGGCUGUAUUUUCUUUUAUAUCUGUAAAUUUAACUGCAUAUAGAUAAUUAUCCAGGAUGUGUGGCACAUUCUUUUCAGCUUGUUUCUAUACCGUUUGUAAUGUACAGUUUUUGUAACUACAUGACUGAAAAGGAGAAUGUCUAUGCUUACGCCAGUCAAUACACCCAAUUAAAAAAAAACAAAAAAACCUAUCUUGCUUUCAUAAAUAUAGUUGGACAAGAUUUCCCUAAAAAUUCCACUAGGAUAAAUCUCCAAAAUUCUAGUCUCUGAUGUGUAAAUGCAUAUUUGUCACUGGAUAGGAGAAUUAUACAUAACAAACAAAACAUUCUUAUUUCAGACAAUCAUAGGUCUGUCCUACAAAAGAGCUGUAAGUUGUAUCUCCAAUUAUUAGGAGGAAUAUGCUUUUGCAUCUAAAAUACUACCAAAAUAUCAGUCAAUAGUUAAUCUAUGAGGUUAACACUCUCAAUAGACAAGAUUUAGUUAAUUAAUCAACAACAUACCUACUGCUUGAUCCAAACCAAGCUAUAAGGUUCAAGCUGAUUUGAUGACAAGGAAAGGCAGCACCAGAUGAAAUGUAAGUCUAUCUGAUUCUAUUAUCUGUAUUCCCAACAAGUCUACUGUCAGAGAGUGUGACCUUAACCAAUUUUCUAAGCUGUUGUCACGUUUUGCAGGUUAUAAUUAUUUAGUAAACUGCUGUUUUUAUGUCAUAUUCUGUGUAAUCUCUGAUAAAUUAUAUAUGUCGAGUAUCCUGGUGUCUAGUUUGCAUACUUCAUUCUAUGCAGAAUUGUUCAUAGGAUUUUCAUUCUAUGUAGAACUGUUCAUCCAUCAAGGGUAUCUGCUGCCUCUGAAAAUAUUUUUUUCUAGCUAUAACAACUCUAUUUUUUACUACAUAAUUGAAUUUUAAUGUAAAAGUCAUAGCACCCUGAUUGUUGAAUGUUCUAUCACCAAUGAUUUUGUGUAUUCUGUGAAUUCUGUAUUUCAUAUUGAGAUCGGCAUUCAAUAUAGUUCUAUUUCUAUCUGCAAAUAGUUCAAAAAAGUUAAAAAUAACAUCCGAAGAGAAAUGCUAAUGGAAUCAUUUAUCUUAUUUAGCAAGGGAGAUUCUAUAACAUUCUUUUGACCCACAUCCAAAUCACAAUUUCAUAUAUUUGUAGCUAGAAUAUCUUAUACUGGUUAUAGUUAACAUGUAAUGGUUGGUGAUUUCUGAUUCUCUGAUUGUGAAGCAUGGAGCUCUGAGAGAUACAUCUGUGUGAAAUUUAUAAAGUUGCCACCAAAGAGCUAAAUGGUUCUGGUUCAGUUUGAAUACCCCCAUUCUAUAAAUGCAGCACUGGAUUUCUCAAUUCAUAGAUAACAACGAAGAACGCAAGACAUCUCUUUCCCCCAACAAUGAACAAAAGAGAGAUCUGCCAAAAAAAUAGAAUUUAUCAAAUAAUGUAAGUGAGUUGGUAGAUUGGUUUUGCUUCUAGUGUGUAAUGGAAGCACUGACCUUAAGCUGAAUUUAACUACUAAGAAUAAAUAAAGAGAAAAAUAACUCUAA